AUCUCACUGGGGCCAUGUCUGGGCAGCCCAAGUAUCCUAAAUAGUCUUGAUCUGUGAUCUGUAUGUGUCCGUCGAAUUGUGACAAUACUCUCUCUAAAAACGUCUACUCGAUGAUUUCUCGAGGUUCGGAUCUCUAGGUUGUUGCCUCAGGCAGGUAUCCCAGUACCUCAAACGAAAGCUGUCCCAAAGUAUCAGCUUAAGCUUUGACUUGAUGAUGUGACACUGGCUCUUUGCCAGUUACUUUUGCAACCGCUUUUCUUUUCGUUCUUCUUCACGGCACCUGUGCUUGACUCGAAAUUAGCCAGCGCAGCAUCCUCUUUGUUUUACGAAACUGUCAGCAUUGUAAUUUGUUGCAGGUUAGGUUGGCCAAAGGCGCCGGAACCAUGGCAUCAACCGUGGACGUCACAACCAGGAAGAGGGUGUUGAAAGUUAUAUUCGUUUCUCUACUAUUGGAUUUGAUAUCCUUUACCUUCAUCCUCCCCCUAUUUCCCAGGCUACUCGAAUUCUAUCGCAACCUCGAAGCACCCGAAACAGCGUCCGGCGAGCAGUCGCCAUCCCUGCUAUCGAAUAUAUUGGGCCACCUCAAUACCUACAAGGCUGCGUUUGCGCGCCCCAUCGACUCGAGAUAUGACAUAGUUCUGCUCGGCGGAGCGUUGGGGAGCCUCUUCUCUCUUCUCCAAGCAGCCGCGUCCCCAUUCAUCGGCCACCUGUCGGACCGUUAUGGGCGCCGAACCGCGCUUCUUGCCAGCAUGGCCGGCAACAUCCUCUCCGUGCUCCUCUGGGUCAUGGCCGUCGAUUUCCGUACCUUCCUCGCGUCGCGCGUAGUCGGGGGCCUGUCCGAAGGCAAUGUCCAGCUGGCGACUGCCAUCGCCACCGAUAUAUCGGACGAAACGAGCCGCGGCUCGACCAUGGCCCUCAUCGGCGUCUGCUUCUCCAUCGCUUUCACCUUCGGCCCGGCGCUGGGCGCUUGGCUGAGCUCCAUCGCCACCGUCGCCACGAACCCCUUUGCGACUGCCGCGGGGUUCUCGCUCUUCCUCAUCGUGACCGAGACGGUGUAUCUAUACCUCUACCUCCCGGAGACCCUGCCUUCCCUGACCAAGGCGGCACGCAAGACGGGUGACCCGGCCCCUUCCAAGGCUAAACAGGUAGUGCGGACGAAUUCGCACAUUCUGCUCAACUUUAUCCAUCUGGCAUUCCUGCUCUUCUUCUCUGGCAUGGAAUUCUCCCUGCCCUUCAUGACCUGGGACCUCUUCGAGUAUACCUCGGCGAAGAACGGGAGAUUACUCGGCUUUGUCGGCCUUGUGGCGUCCAUCCUCCAGGGCGGCGUCACCCGCCGUCUUUCUCCCCUGCUCUCCGUCCGGAUAGGGGUCAUCGCAUGCAUGAUCGCCUUCAUCCUCCUGGGACGCCUCUCCUCUGUGGCUGGUCUGUAUGUCGCCGCGGCCUGCCUAGCCACGACAUCCGCCACGGUCGUGACUGGCCUCAACGCCCUUAGCAGCUUUGAGGCUAAUGAGGGGGAACGCGGUGGCAAGCUUGGGAUGCUGAGAAGUUGGGGCCAGCUCGGGAGGGGGCUUGGUCCUAUUCUCUUUACGAGUGUUUACUGGUGGGCUGGGCGAGAAGUCGCAUAUGGCAUAGGAGCUCUGGGCAUUGCGGGCGUCAGCCUCCUGGUCUUAUUCGGGCUUAAGAUGCCUGCCUCGUCGGAGCAGUUGAAAUCCGCACCUGUUCAGGAUGAGAAGAAGGAGCUAUGAUAUUGGACUCGUGGGCAUUGAGCAUGUAUGUGGUUAUUGACUCAAGCAUGGUUGGAGGUUGGUUGUAAGUCUAGGGCUGUCCUGUCUGCAUUUUUGGAUAGAUGUUGGGAGAGUUGCCCUGGAUAUUUAGCAUAUGGUUGCUGUACGAAUAACGUGGUACAGGAACCUGGAUACACAAAGAGAUUCACGCGAUGCGAUUUUCUGUUGAUAUAUGUGCAUCCCUUAGGAGGGGACGAUGUCUCGUUAUAUUCUGCUAGCAUCCAGGGGUAACUCCUUCGAGGUCAUCCCUCAUGGUCAAACUGAAAGCAAAGAAAAAGAGGCCAAAAAAAAGGCCACACAGUAUAUCCAUG